CCCCACCAAUAUCCUCAUUCAAAUUUCUUUGCAAGUUCAUUUCUUCUUCAGCCAUGGCCACUGUUUCCUCAGCCUCUGUUGCUCUUAGAACCAUUUCUUCUUCCUCAUAUAGGCUACCCUCUGCCUUCCCAACUACUACUUCUCUUUCGCAAAAGAUCCAAUCUUUUAAACUCCCUAACCCUCUCAUUUCUCAAACUCAUAGACUUACCACCUCCACUACUGCCUCUAGAUCAUUUCACUGGAAGCUCCAGAGCAGCGCAACAGAUGCCACAAACACUGAAGGUCAACAACUUAGUGUCUACGAGCUCAAUGAACGUGAUCGUGGAAGCCCUGCUUAUCUUCGAUUGAGCCAAAAGAAUGUCAAUUCACUCGGAGAUCUUGUCCCCUUUAGCAACAAACUAUAUACCGCAGACUUAAAGAAGAGAAUUGGAAUAACGGCUGGACUAUGCAUUCUGAUCAAGCACGAAGAGGAGAAGAAAGGGGAUCGCUAUGAAGCUAUUUACAGCUUUUACUUCGGCGAUUACGGUCACAUCGCCGUUCAGGGAUCGUACUUAACCUAUGAGGACACUUAUCUGGCCGUCACCGGUGGAUCCGGCAUAUUUUCAGGGGUUUCCGGUCAAGUAAAAUUGCAGCAAAUCAUCUUCCCUUUCAAGCUAUUCUACACUUUUGACUUGAAGGGUAUUCCGGAUCUGCCGUCUGAGUUGUUGUGUAAGGCGGUUCCUCCGUCGCCGACGGUGGAGCCAGCACCUGAAGCUAAAGCUUGUGAGCCUGGGGCCACACUGAAAAAUUACACUAAUUGAGUGGGGGGUGUUGAUGGGCAAUCACCACUUUUCUUGGGGUCCUUUUGAAUAAUCAAUAAUGAUGAGUUGUAGAAUUUAAAAAAGAAAAAUAAUUGUCCUUUUGAUUUGUAUUUUUAGUAUCUUAAUUAUUGUUGUUCGAUUAACUAUUCUGUACUUAUUAUAUAUGCCUAAUAAUUUUUAUUUCUCCAUUC